AUGCUGACGAUAUUGCGGAAGGAGGCCAAACGGGCUGCAGAUGAGCUCACGUUCAAGUCGAGUGUGGAGAUGUCGCGUGUUGGGUUGACGCCCACUCACGGUGGGGAUGCUCAUGCUACUGAAGGAGUUGGAGGAGGAGGAGGAGGAGGAGGAGGAGGAGGAGGAGGAGGAGGAGGAGGAGGAGGGGGGGGUGGGGAGGAGGAGGAGGAGGAGGAGGAGGAGGAGGAGGAGGAGGAGGAGGAGGGGGAGGAGGAGGUCGCGGUGCGGGUGUCGCAAGGGCUACUUCCGGGAAGAGUAUUUGACGUCUCACUGCUACUUUGA